AUGUCGACCGGGAACGGGUCACCAGAACGAGACUUUCUUGAUCCAUUGUCUCGCGUUGUCGAUUUGGGAUGGCCAGACUGGGCAACGACGGCAGGGCUUGGGAGUGAGCUUAGCCUGGGAGCGUUGGACAUGGUCGUGCGAGACGAGGACAUGAUGGACACAGGAGGGACAACACCAGCUGAACCACCAGCAGCAGCAGCAGCAGCAGGAAUGGCCAUUCUCACAGACCAUGUGCGAGCAGACCUAGAUCAGGUCUUCUUCGACCGCGUCCACCCGGUGCUUCCAAUUGUGUACAAGCGGGGAUACUUUUCGUGGGCCGACCAAAUACACCCCGGGCCGGCACGCGCCUGUCUCCGAUCGGCAAUACGGACAAUCGCCGCAGCUAUGUCCGCUCCGUGUCUCCGCUUCUGCGACCAGCUGUACGACGAGACCCGCGCCCUGCUGGAGGGGUACAUGGUCGGGUCCAAAUCCGAGAUAGCGCUCGAAUACAUCCAGGCCUGGCUGCUGCUGGCCCACUGCGAGCUGCUGCGGGUGGGCGAGCACCAGGCCUUGCUGACAGCUGCGCGUGCGUUUCGUCUGGUCCUCAUGGCUCGGUUGGACAGCAUCGAUCAGCCGAACCCCGAGGACAUGGCUUCGGGCCCGUUGAUACAACAUCAUCAGCACCAGCAGCAGCAGGCAUCGCCCGUUGAGAGCUUAGCGAGCUGCGAAGCUCCAGACCUGGCGGGGCUUGGGGGGGACGGCGGCUUUUCUGCAGUUGAGGAGCGGAGACGCACGUUUUGGCUGGGUUUUCAACUGGAUCGGCUGUUGUGCUCGCGGAAUGACUACCCUCUGACAAUAUACGAAGAGAUGAUCAACACCCGCCUCCCGGCCCCCGAGGCCAACUUCCAGGGAAACCACUAUACGCGCACCAUCUUCCUGUCCGAAGCCAUCCGCUGUUCAGGAGGCAAACCCCCCACCACUCUCUCGCCCUUCGCCGAAUGCGUCGUGCUAACCUCCCUGCACGGCCGAUGCGCAGCAGCCCGAAGCCGCGACAACACUCACACCUCCUCUCCCAGAACCCCUACCAGAAACAACAGCGGAAGCAGCGGCAGCGGGGGCACAACGGACUUUUGGACACAGCAAGCGGGGCUCGCUUCGGCUAUUGAGACACGCAUGCAGGCCUUAACGACAUCGUCGGCUUCGCCUGCCAGAGGCGGCAGCGGCAGUGGGAGCGAUGGAGACGCGCUUCUGCUGUUUGCGAAUAUGCUAGCUCACGGCGCGGUGAUUAAGCUUGCUGCUGCUGCGGCUGUUACCUCUCAGCAUCAGCAAGGGGGAGGGCCGUCGCCGUCAUCAGCGUCGGGGACAUGGGGUCAGAUGACGACAACAACAGUCGACCAACAGCAGCACCAGCGCGCAGCAGCAACGGCGGCCGCAGAAAUUGUCCGUCUAGCCCGGUUGAUGCCUUCGUCGGCGUGCUUCAAAGCGCAUCCAUUCUUACCGGACCCACUCGCCUCCGCGGCCGGUUAUUUGAUUACGGCCGGUGCUACCGGCACCGGCACAGGCAAUAACAACACCGCAUCGGGCGUCCCGCAUCUGAUGCGGGUGUUGCGCGACAUGCAGGGGAUGAAUAGCCUGGCGAGAGACCAUGUAACGGCGUUUAUGCUGUCGACGGAGGGAGUCACGGAGUUCGUCAGAGGUCCGAAUAACGUUAACGUUAGUGAGAUGGAGUCGACGGGUGGGGCCCAUGGCUGGGCGGUGGGUCCGGGGGGACCAAACAGUGGGGUGCAGAUGCAACGGAUGCAUUGUUGA